GUGGUCCAGGACUUGGGGGUGGGGACGGGGGCGGGGUCCCCUGGGAUUGACGACUGCGCAGACCGGGCGGGACGGCCCCUUUGUCUUAGGGUGCUGAGACAGCAGCCACAGGGCGAAAGGUUGCAGCAGAUGCCCGCAGGAUCCUGAUUCCUCUUGUCCUAACACACCCAAGACGCCAAGAUGGCAGCAGCUGGACUUCUGCCACUGCCAGCAGGACCUCAGGUCAAGGUGACCUUUGAGGAUGUGGCUGUUCUGCUGUCCCAGGAGGAAUGGGCCCGCUUGGGCCCUGCUCAGCGGGGCCUCUAUCGGAAUGUGAUGAUGGAAACUUACGGCAAUGUGGUCUCACUAGGACUCCCAGGAUCCAAGCCUGUUGUGAUCUCCCAGUUGGAGCGAGGAGAAGAUCCAUGGGUCCUGGAUGGGCAGGACACUGAGCCGAGCCAGAGCCUGGGAAGUGGUCCCUCCGAAUGGAAAACCAAGGAAGAAAACCAAAACACAAACUUGAACUUACAGCCAUUGACCUCAGAUGAAAAAGCAGUGAUUCUGGGGGAAACAUCACUGAAGAAGGCUAAUGAAGAACACUGCCAAACAGAGCAGAACAUCUGCCCAAAUCCAGCCCCCAUUGGCCCCCAUGCCGUCCAGGAAUCAAAUCCUAGUGUACCACUUACUCGACACCAGGUGGCUCCUAGUGGAGAGAGACCCUAUAUGUGCAUCGAGUGUGGGAAAUGCUUUGGUCGGAGCUCUCACCUCCUCCAGCACCAGCGAAUACACACUGGGGAGAAGCCCUAUGUCUGCCACGUGUGUGGGAAGGCCUUCAGCCAGAGUUCUGUCCUCAGUAAGCACAGGCGGAUCCACACCGGCGAAAAGCCCUACGAGUGCAACGAAUGUGGGAAAGCCUUUAGAGUGAGCUCGGACCUUGCCCAGCACCACAAGAUCCACACGGGAGAGAAGCCUCACGAAUGCCUGGAGUGUGGGAAGGCGUUCACUCAGCUCUCCCACCUCAUCCAGCACCAGCGGAUCCACACAGGGGAGAGGCCCUAUGUGUGUCCCUUGUGCGGGAAAGCCUUCAACCACAGUACUGUCCUGCGGAGCCACCAGAGAGUGCACACUGGAGAGAAGCCUCAUGGCUGCAGCGAGUGUGGGAAGACAUUCAGUGUGAAGAGAACGUUGCUGCAGCACCAGCGGGUCCACACCGGCGAGAAACCAUACACGUGCAGUGAGUGUGGGAAGGCCUUCAGUGACCGCUCGGUGCUCAUCCAGCACCACAACGUGCACACCGGGGAAAAGCCGUACGAGUGCAGUGAGUGUGGCAAGACCUUUAGCCACCGCUCCACCCUGAUGAACCACGAAAGGAUUCACACGGAGGAGAAACCCUACGCGUGCUACGAGUGUGGGAAGGCCUUUGUUCAGCACUCGCACCUCAUCCAGCACCUCCGGGUCCACACUGGGGAGAAACCCUAUGUGUGCGGCGAAUGCGGGCAUGCUUUCAGUGCACGCAGGUCUCUGAUCCAGCACGAGAGAAUCCACACAGGUGAGAAACCCUUUCAGUGCACAGAGUGUGGCAAAGCGUUCAGCCUGAAAGCAACUCUCAUCGUGCACCUGAGGACCCACACAGGCGAGAAACCCUACGAGUGCAACCGCUGCGGCAAGGCCUUCAGCCAGUACUCGGUGCUCAUCCAACACCAGAGGAUCCACACAGGAGAGAAACCCUAUGAGUGUGGGGAGUGUGGGCGUGCCUUCAACCAGCACGGGCACCUGAUCCAGCACCAGAAAGUACACAAGAAGCUGUGACCCGUGGCUGUCGGAAGCCCAGCUUAGAACCUGCACAAUACGUAAACAGCUUUCCUUCCAGUUCUGUUAAAUCUGCAGGACCUUUCCUUGGUGACUCAAUGUCACAAUUCCUUUUCCUUCUAAAGAAAAACAUUCUACUAGUGUUACCUUUCUUCCCCUAACCAUCUUGAGGUUAUAUUGGAGAAUCCUAUAAUUGUGGAUAUUGGUAAAGUUAGCCAUAAUUCUGCCUUUGCUUAUUUGGCAAGAAUCAGUUUAUUGAAGCAACUGAAAAGACAGAGACUAUAUUAUAUUGACAUUUCAAAUGGAGCUCCUUGUCUUACUAGCUUCAUGCCUUUCCUAAAGGCAUCUGGUCAUUCAAAUGUUGUAUUUAAAUUUAGAAUGUUGGACUAUUUUCAGUUAUCUUUUCUAUGGGGGUGGGGGUACUUUGAAAGGUCUUUGUGUAGCCAUGGCAACCCUGGAACUCUCUGUAGACCAGACUGACCUCAAACUCAAGAGAUCCAUAUGCCUCUGCCUCCCUACUGCUGGGGUUAAAGCCGUGUGCCAGCACCACCCGGCUUAUUUUUAGUAUUUAUGAAACACUUAAGUACUAUGUGUAUAAAGCACCGUUUUAAAAAAAAAAAAAUUCUUGAGCCAGAGAGAUGAUGGGUUCAGUGGAUAAAACCUGAUAACCUGAGUUUGCUUUCUAGAACCCACAAGGUGGGAGAACCAACUCCCACGGGUUAUCUGGCUUCCAUGUGAGAUCCAAGCACGAGUGUGUGAUAUGCACACGCAUAAAUAAAACCAAUAUUUUAAAAUAUUCUUAUGAAAUAUUCUGAAAUGGCAGCUCUUGUUUGGAAAAGGAAAAAGAUACAUUAGUGAGAAUUUAUGUAAACUGAAAAAAACUGAUGUCUUGAGGUUUCUAUUGUCCUGAUAAAAACACCAUAACCAAAGCAACUUAACAAAGGGUUUAUUUCACUUCCACAUCACAGUGAAGUCAAAGCAGAAACUCCUAUACAGGCCAUGGAAUAACACUGCUUACUAGCUUGCUCCUCAUGGCUGCUUUCUUAUAAAGUUCAGGUAGGAUCCACUCACACACACCUGUUGGUCCUGUGGUAGUAGCAUCUAUUCAAGAACUCUGCCAUAUGGUGCCAAGCCUCGGUUUCUCUCCAGGAUCCCUUUAGCCUGAGGGCUUCUACAAUUGAGGCAGCAUCUUCACUGGCCUCUCAGUGCCAAGCCUCAGCUUGAACCCACACAUGCCUUCAAAGCCUGUACCAUGCAUCGAGUUCAGUUACCUGCCUCUAUACCACAGCUUCUUUCUGGAUGCUAACCCUGAGUAGACAAACACUUCCCAGAUAUCACCUGAAUGGUGCUAAUUACUACUCCCUCCUCAUACACACAGGGUUUCUGUGUAUUCCUGGCUGUUCUGGAACUCACAUUGUUGACCAGGCCUGCCUCUGUUGGUCACAGAUUAUUCUAGCAAAGAUUCACUUUAAUGGUUUUAGUAUCUUGUCUAAGUUCCUUACUCUCAGCUGAGCAGAACAGAUUCUUAACUGAAUUAUCACCAGCACGGUGGUAUAUGCUGCUAUAUAGCAAAGGCAGCCACAGCUAUAGUGGAAUCCUGUCUCAAAACAAAAGGCAUGGUGAUGCAUGUCUUUAGUCCCAGCAUUCAAGAGGCAGCUGAGAUCUCUAGAAUUCAUAGCCAGGGCCAGAUAAACCCGUGUCUUGAAAAACCAAAAUAAAUAUCGGCCUCUAGUCUUUUGUGUUUCUCAAAACUUCCUUCUGAAAAUAUCUUUACUACUACUAUCAUUUUCUGAGUUCCCUUAACUCAUGAAGAACUGAAUACUCAGUCAUCUUCUAGUCCACAAUCCUCCCACUAAAAUGGUCAAUAUCGGCACAAAUUUGUCUUCGGGUUGUUAUGGCUGUUGAUAAUACCGUGAG